AUGGCAAAGAAGACGUACAGAAAGAUCGCCAGCUCUGCACACUCGGAAAACAUAAGCUUUACUUCUUCUCUUUUUUUUCACUGGAUGAACAUUUUGAUGAAGACUGGGAGUGAACGAGCUGUUGAUGAAAAUGAUCUUUUACCUCUUAAAGAAGAAAACACUUCUUCGUUUUUGACAAAGAAACUUGAGGCAAAAUGGACCGAAGACACCGCUGAUAGUAAACUAUAUGACGUUAAACCAAAACUUUGGAAAAGCGUAUUGAAGAUGUUAACUGCGAAGGAAAAAAUGAUCUUAGUUUUGACUAUGAGUGUCGAGAUACUUUGUCAUAUUCUUCAGCCGCUGCUUCUUGGAUAUCUUGUGAAAUCGCUGAUGACAGCAGAGCCACACAAUAUGUAUCUUCUCUAUAGCAGUGCCAUCGCACUAGGGAUAAAUGGAGUGAUCUCUUCUGUUGCCAUGCACCAGGCUGACUACCACUGGGAGGUGUUGGGUAUCAAAAUAAGCGGCGCUCUUAAAGGAUUAGUGUAUAUGAAGGUAAUGAACAAAAAUGUAAGAGACGGCCAGAUGUGUCCACACCGAUGAGGAGGUGGGCUUAAACCUUUAAGCCAGUCCAGUUAACUCAACUGGCCUGGGCCGAAAUAGAGCCUAUGACAGCGUUCACACUUGGUGUCCGGGCACAGUGCCCAAGUUUUGUACUCGCUUGGCACUAAUGUGUAAGAACUUGCUCCAGAAUUCGUGCUCCGUGCCUGUGCCCGAGUACAUCGCUACUCGAGCACUCAAGAGGGCACUGGGUCCCUCUGUGCAUGCACACCGUAUUCAGUUCGGGGCAAUCCACUGCUUUGUACUAACCGCUAAGGACAAGUUCAAAAAUGGCGCUUGACAGGACGAAAGGGACUUUAUACGCAGAAGAAAACUAUUGAUUGAGCGAGAAAACACUCAAGGUUUUUCUUGACCAAUGUCAAAUAAGUUUACAAAUCUAUGAUCGAGGGCAUGAAUACGUUCAUACCCAAAGUCCAGCUUACCGUACUAAAUUGUGCUUUUUUGGGGUAUAAGGAAAAUAGGCCAUUUCCGAGUUGCGUCAAGAUAUUAUGGCUAGAUAUUCCAGAGCACUUAUCUGUCAAUUUAGAAUUUAUACAAAAACGAGCCCUUUAGAUUGUUUUCCCAGACUAUAGUUAUGAUAAAGCUCUGACCUUCUCUGGCAUGGAGGUUAGGCAUUUGUCAUGAAGUUAUUAGUGUACAAUUAUGAUCCUGAUCUGGCCGUGAAAAGCCUUUCUGUCCUUACAUUAGAAUCAAAAAAGAGAAUGAUUUUAUUACCUUUACAUUUUUAGACCAGUUUCAUAACAACCAUAACCUUUUGUAUGUGAUAGCAUCGUGAUUGUGAAUUUUACAACUUGGCAAUUUAGUUGUAUCUUACCGCAAAGAGUGGAAUAGACGAUGUUUAUUUAUAUUAAACAAGCAUCUGUUUACAGGCAAUGCUAAGUGCAGAGCCAUGGAUAUGAAAAUCACUUUUUAUUCUCAUGCAAAUAGAACUCGUUUUCAGAGGAAACGAUUUGCGCCUCGCCUAGUUUUGACAGGGAGAGUUUUUGGAACUCAGAAAUGGCCUAUAAAUAGGUAAAGUUAUUGCAAAUGUAAUUUUUCAUUAGUCUUCGGUAAUUGACAACCCCCAUACGCUGUGACAACGUUAAUAGUAACAAAGCUAUUCCGUUAAGAAAUAACAUUUUUGCAAAGAUGACUUACGAACUUUAUUUUCUUGUUGCAGACGCUUCUUCUCAGCAAGGAUUCAUUGCUGAGACUUUCAUCAGGUCGAGUUAUUGAUCUCGUAUCAAACGAUGUUCAGCGACUAGAGAGCGAUACUUUCAUGUAUUUUUUUGCUGGAGUUCGAAGCAUCAUAGAACUUUUAAUAGUAACCUUUUUACUGGUCUGUUUUGUUGGAUGGCAGGCUCUAAUGGGGAUUUUUUUACUGUGUAUUGUUCUGCCAUGCUACCUUUUUUUCGCCUAUGCUGGGGCUUUACUACGCCUACGUACAGCCGCAGUUUCUGAUCGCCGCAUCACGAUGAUUGGCCAGGUUGUUUCUGGAAUCCGCGCCAUCAAAACAAAUGCAUGGGAAGAUGAAUAUAGAGAAAAGAUAAAGAGUGUGCGAAGGUAAGAAAAACUUUAACAUUGCAUAAAUACAAAAAAGGUUCUGAAAAAGCGAGGAUUUUUUUGUCAUAUCCAUAAGCAAUUGAUUUUAAACUUACACUUUUCCUGGUUUGAAGCAAUUAAUAAAAAAAAAACUUUGUAUAAUGUUUAAUAAACUUAAUUUCAUGAAAAUGGAACGGAAAUUUAAGUUUGGUUUAUUUAGCUCAUUCCUAGCUCGUCUCAGAUCCAGCCGACCAAGCUUGGCAGUGCUUAAAAAGGGAGGCGAAGUUUCAAAACUUCAGAAGAUCGUAGCUCAGCUCGAGAGCACUUGAACUGGUCUUGAGUUGAGUGGGAGAGACAAAUACCCUCGUGGUUUCGCGAAUUGACCCAUGAUCGUUGAUAUUUACGCUCACAAGUGACAAGGUUGACAAUUGGGUUGAAAAAAGGAGGCGCUGCCGUGUUUUUGUUUGAUUGUCUUCAAAGAGUCUAAGUACGAACUGAAUGUCUCGUUUCGUGUUCUCCGAACAUCCCGCGUGGGCUAUCACGGCGGCAAAACUCAUAGAAAGUGAGAUCUACCGCCCAAAUAACCAAUCAUAAUCACCAAUAGUUCUUAGAAAAAUCAAAGGUUAAAUUUAUUGUCAAAGAUAUCGUGCUAUUUAGCAUCGGAUAAAUUCUCUCUGGUAGCAGUAAAUAUCAAGACAGUCAAUAUCAAAUGAAGUGAUUUUAUUUCCAAGUUUAUUUCAAAGCGCCCUACACCAUUGUAUCUUUUAACAAGAAUAUAACCUUUCAAGCUCUUUAACACUUGAAAAAUUCCUUGUAUUUUAUUUAUAGGGAGGAAAUCGAUUUGACCACUAAGAAGAGUGCUUUUAUGUCUAGCAUUGCUGCUCUCGAAUACAUUUCAACACCAUUGGCAACCCUGGUGACUGUCAUCACUCUUAUACUAACUGGUCAGCCGGUGACACCAGUUAACGUCUUUACAUUCCUCUCUUUUAUCAAUGUUUUGAGUGGGGGCUUCUGUAUGAUCUUUUCCUAUUCCUCCAUCCAAACAUACGACGCUUACGUAUCACUGAGCAGAAUACAAGACUUUCUUCUUUUAAACAAUCUUGAUUCAACGAAAACCACGAUACAUCCGCCAGAAGGAACAGAAAAAUCAUGUUUUUCUAACAACUCGAAAAAAAGUCAGCAAGAAACUAUUUUACGGGUCAAUCAGCAACAGCAAAAAAAUGAAUCAGAAGAAUCGUCUUUGCAAUUUACUGAUUUCACCGCUGAAAAAGGGAGUUUAACAGUCAUAACCGGACCAGUGGGCAGUGGCAAAUCUACUCUUUUGUCAGCAAUUGCUGGGGAAGUACCAGACCGAAACGGGGCUAUAACAUUCAGAGGAAAUGUUGUUUAUGUGCCGCAGAUUGCUUGGAUAUUCUCUGGAACUAUUAGAGAAAACAUUUUGUUUGGCGAACAGUACGAUGAGGACAAGUACAACAGAGUCAUUGAAGCAUGUGCUUUGACUCAAGACAUCCAAAAGUUUCCUGACUGUGACCAAACGAUCGUGGGAGAGCGUGGCGUGGUGCUUAGUGGUGGUCAGCGGGCAAGAGUAAGCUUAGCACGCGCAGUCUACGCCGAAGGAGAGCUUUACUUGUUGGAUGAUCCCUUAAGUGCUGUGGACUCUAAAGUUGCCCAUCACAUUUUUAGGGAAUGCAUCAAAGCCUUGCUUGGAAAGAAAACUCGGUUAAUGACGUCUCAUCAAGAACGAAUCAUGCGUGACGCCGACAACGUAAUUGUAUUAUCUAAAGGCCGAGUAUUGAGCCAGGGAAAUUUCACUGAGCUAAAUGAAAGUGGUAGCCUGAAUAAAACUGUCGAACCAAUAUACGAAAAGGCAAACAAAUCGGAUAUUAGUGUUGGUGAGGACGCUAAAGACGAAGAAGAAAUUUCUGACAUGAGUGGUACACCUGUACGUAAAGAAGUGCAGGGUCUCCACUUAUCAGAAGAAGAUCGCGCCAUUGGAGUGGUGUCAUCAGGACUUUACUGGAACUACUUUAGAAGCGGAGUUCCUCUGCUGGUAAUCAUCGCAGGAAUUUGCCUAUGUUUAAUAAGUCAAGGUAAUGUGCCUUAAGAUAAUAAUAACUGAUCCUCACCACCACACAUUUUUUACCCUGGGGAAAGUGCGGUCGAAUGAAUCCGAAUCGUAUUUUACAAAAAUAUUUCCUUAGCCACGAGAAAAUAAUAAUUAAUUCGCACUUUGCAGCAACUCUUGGAAAACCACAUUAAUGUUCGUGACCGGUGCCAAAUUACUGAAAAAAUAAGGGUUAUUUAUUAUUAUUUUUUUUUUUUUGUAUUUUAAUGAAUUUUUUGUUUUAAAAUGUUUUACAUUUUUGUUUACAUUCUGACUUAUGAACACGGAACACGUAAAGAAAAAGUACAAAAAACGGAAAGGAAAACUAAACAUUAUACAUCGCAGACUAACACACAAUUACAUACUUACAAAAAAGAAAACAAACGAAACAAAAACCCAGUACCUUCUUUUCUAUUUACAUGAAAAAAAAAGUAAAAUAAAAUAAAUAAAUAAUAAAGAUUAAUAAUAAAUGAAGUAAGCGGAGAAGAGAUCGUAUGCUAAUCAGUUUUAUAUUUGCCCCAUUUCAUAUUGUGGGUCUCCAACUUAUUGUUUGACUUAGCGAUCAUUGUCUCUAUUAAGAAGACAGUAUUAAUUUUGGAAUGAAGAACUCUGAUGUAGGGAGGAUAUUUGUUCUGUCUACAAGAGUAUAGAUAUUGUUUUGCCAGUAAUAAAAUAUGAUUCACAAAUAUCUCAUCCUCACAUCCAAUAAUACCAAACAGUAUAUCUUUGUCUGAAAGAUUUUCAAUCUUGACCUUAUGAUCAACAAGCCAUUUUAUAACCUCAGACCAGAAAUUCUUAGUAUAAUGACAAGACAGGAAAAGAUAAGGGUUAUUUGGCCAUUCAACAAAAACACUGGAUUGCGUCUUUAAUUAAUGAUUAUUUCUGAAUUGUACGACGAGAAUGCCAUUCACAUAUUAGUGAGUAAAUAAGAAAAUUCAGAGCAACCUGAAACCCCACAACCUAACUGCAUAUGAUUGGAUCUGCUUAUAAAUUGAUUUGUUGAAUUGAAAAACUAGUGACGGCAUCAAUUUUUGGUUUCUGCUCCAUUUUUUGUUUUGUUUUUUUUUUUGUUUUGUUUGUUUUGUUUGUUUGUUUUAAUAAUAAUGAAUAAUGGCUAUACUGGUUGCAAAGUAUUAAUGGAAAAGAUUGUCUUUAAACUUGAGUUGAUUUAAUACAUUCAUGUUUUAUUUUGAAGCUGUAGCUGGGCAUUCUGCUGAUCUCAAUCUUUGAAUUCUCCUAACUUAUGUCCAGGAUUGAAUACAAUCUCGAGUUUUCAGUUCUUGGUUUCCAUUGGUUAGCAUGGACUUUGGCUUAAAUCACUUUGGCUAGACCAGUGAAAUUUGCCCUUUAUUAUUUAUUGGUUCUUCAUCCAUUCGAUCUAACCAGUCAGAUCUGUUUUAUUGAGAGCUAAUCAGAUUCGAGUAUUUCUUUUUAAUUGUUAUCGUUCCAUUGCAUUUAAAACUAACGAGAGCUACGUACUAUCUAUCUUAUAAUGAAAGUUUUCUACGACUGCGUAUUUGAAUAGCCCUCUACUAGAAAGUUCAAAUGCAAGGCAGCUAUCAGUGUGUUCUUCGCAAGAGUUCUGCCUGUUGACAGGAAUGAUCAUGUUUAGUUGUAAGGAUAUGGACAAAUGAAAAAACGUGACUGGUCACCGGGGAAAGGCUGUCAUAGUCUGGUGAAAAUAAACUUCAUUCAUUAAUUCAUUCUUUCAGUUUUGCCAUUAACCAUAUACAAAUACAACAAUUACAAUAUAUCUAGAAAUUUAUGAUACAUUAAUAGAGAAUACUUCAUGGAAAGUGCUGGCGUACGGUAUUUACGCACGAGUUGUUGACGUAUCAGAAAUCGAACGAGUGAGCGCAGCGAACGAGUAAGAUUUCUGAUACAAAAACAACGAGUGCGUAAAUACCGUACAAAGCACUUUCCAUGUGGUAUUGUGUUUAUUAUAUACAUAUUGAGACAUUCAUCAUUUGGCGACCUUUUUAUUUUAAAUCUUUCAAAAAUGCUAAAAUUUGCCGCUACACACUUACCGCAAAAUGACAACGAAAACGAAGUAUCAGCUUUUUAGUAAAAACGUUUGUUAAAAACAUAAAUGACGGUAAGGAUAUGAGGUAAUCCAAGAACUAUAAGUAAUCUUAACUGUUUGUUCUCAAUGCACAAUUGAAAAUGAGUGAAUUUAAGUAAAAUGGCCGGUUUCAAUAUAAGAUUAAGCUUAAAUGAAAGGCAAAAUAGCUCCGACAAAAAGCACAACAAAAGUUUACUUCUCGUUCUGUUUUUUCCUUUCCGCUGUUGUUUCGCCGGUUCUCUACCGUUUUCUUUAUCGACAGUGAAACAAACGAAACUAUUCCACUCCAUUUCCGAAAUGUUUUUCACUUUUUAGCGAGAAAAACUCUUUGAGUAAAACUUUUCUCGUUGAAUGUGUGCGAAGCGGCGCUGCAAGCUCCAAUAAAAGGCGGGAAUUUUGGUGCGAAACUCACACACCUCUGUGGCUUCUGAUUGGACGUAUCAUUUUUCUCACACGUGAAAAAACAUCGUUCGCGAUUCUGAUUGGACGUAUCAUUUUUUUCACGUGUGAAAACCAUCGUUCGCUCCUCUGAUUGGCUAGAACUAAUUUGCGUACUAAAAUUUACGACAUAGCUUUUUGGUGAGUAUUUCUCAGUAUGUAUAUAAUAAAUAGAGAAUACUUCAUGGAAAGUGCUGACGUACGGUAUUUACGCACGAGUUGUUGACGUAUCAGAAAUCGAACGAGUGAGCGCAGAGAACGAGUAAGAUUUCUGAUACAAAAACAACGAGUCCGUAAAUACCGUACGUCAGCACUUUCCAUGUGGUAUUGUGUUUAUUAUAUACAUACUGAGACACUCGUCAUUUUGGCGGUCUUUUCAUUUUAAAUCUUUCAAAAAUGCUAAAAUUUGCCGCUACACACUCACCGCAAAAUGACAACGAAAACGCAGUAUCAGCUUUUUAGUAAAAACGUUUGUUAAAAACAUAAAUGACGGUAACGAUAUGAGGUAAUCCAAGAACUAUAAGUAAUCUUAACUGUUUGUUCUCAAUGCACAAUUGAAAAUGAGUGAAUUUAAGUAAAAUGGCCGGUUUCAAUAUAAACUUAAGCUUAAAUGAAAGGCAAAGUAGCUCCGACAAAAAGCACAACGAAAGCUUACGUCUCGUUCUGUUUAUCCCUUUCCGCUGUUGUUUCGCCGGUUCUCUACCGUUGUCUUUAUCGACAGUGAAACAAACGAAACUAUUCCACUCCAUUUCCGGAAUGUUUUUUACCUCUUUAGCGAGAAAAACUCUUUGAGUAAAACUUUUGUCGUUGAAUGUGUGCGAAGCGGCGCUGCAAGCUGCGAUAAAAGGCGGGAAUUUUGACGCGAAACUCACACACCUCUGUGGCCUCUGAUUGGACGUAUCAUUUUUUUCACGAGUGAAAACCAUCGUUCGCUCCUCUGAUUGGCUAGAACUAAUUUGCGUACGAAAAUUUACGACAUAGCUUUUUGGUGAGUAUUUCUCAGUAUGUAUAUAAUAAAAGAUAAUAUGCCCUAUUCUAACUAAAUUAUUUACAAAAUUAAAUGUUUAAAGUGAUACUGACAAGGAAGCCUAGUAUAUAGAAGCGGGUCUCUUAUAAACUAUACGCAUCCUGAACUAUAUGGUAAACCAUGCAAGUUAAAGGUACUGAAUGAAAAUUUGGGCUAAUUUUUAAAAGUAAAGAAAAGAAAAAAGAAAAGAUAUGCAGUUCAGCAAAGAGUAUAUUUGACUCAAGAAAGAAGGGAUUUGUUAAGUUUUUUGCCUAACAAACUGAUACUUUCACCGUUUUGAAUUUCACGACUUAGCGAGUUGAAAAACUUAGGACCUUAAAACCGAAUUGAGAAUUUUCGAAAACUAGUUCGACAAUGAGGUAUAAAUACAAAAAGGUUGGAAUUUCUAGUAUUAUGCGAAUGUAUCUGCCUUGCAAGAGUAAACAUAUCACGGAAAUAAUUAGGAAGUAAAACGUCUCUUAAAAAGAUUCGUAAAUUUACCUUUUUGAUAUAAAUAAAUGUCCGAGAAUUUUAAAAUCCCCUGCUCUUUGCUCUUGAAAAAAAAACACUGGUAAGAGAAUCAAAAGAAACUUUAGAUUUUUUUCUGAUUAUCUUCUUUGCAGAAUAAUAAUCCGACUUAAAUUAGACUGAUGUGCCGAUCCCCACACUGAAACACAAUGUAUUAAGUAAGGGUAAACUAGACUAUAGUAAAAUAGCGUAAGGAAGUUUUGGUAAGGAAAAAACUUGACUUAUAAAUAAUACCUAUUGAUUUGGAUAUUUUUUCUAGAAAUGCUAAGACUUUGAGGCUUCCAUGACAAAUGCUCGUCGAGGACAACACCUAAAAAUACUGUUUCUUUCACACGUUCAAUUACAUUGUUGUCAAUUUGAAAAGAUAUAUCAAGUGUUUGCCUCCUUUGGCGUGGCCUAGCUAAAAACCAUAAAAUUCGAUUUUUUUAAAAGUUAAUGGACAGUUUAUUUGCUCGACACCAUAGUGUUAAUUUAAGCAUUCCAGAAUUCAAGAUUUCAGGACGUAAAUAAAAAUCUUUGUGGGAAAAAAAUAUGUUUGAGUCAUGAGCAAAACGAAUUAAGUCCACCACCUUUGACACAUUGCACAGAUCAUAUAUAAGGAGCAGAAAGAGCAGGGAGCCUCGUAUAGAGCUCUGAGGCACCGCGCACGUAAUUUUGCAAGCCUCUGAACUGAUACCAUUAAAUUCCACAUAUUGCUGUCUAUUGCUUAGAUAGCUUUUGAACUAUCUAUUAAGUGCAGUGCCUCGAACACCAUAACGCUCUAAUUUUGAAGUUAAAAUGUUAUGUAUUUCUUAUUUUCAAUAACAGUAGAGAUUUUGUCAUAUAAAAAAGUAAGAGCAUAAGCAGUGGGGUGAUGCUUGCGAAAACCAUGCUGAUUGUCAGAGAGAAUGUUAUGAUUGUUAAGAAACCUUAAAAGACCAUUGUUCAUUACUCUCUCUAGAAUUUAGAGAAUGCUGGUAAAAGAGACACGGGUCUUUCUAGCCUUUUUUCAAGUUAAAAAAAAAAAAUAGAAAAACUUAUACCAUAUUCAAACAUUAAACUUCUUGUAGGAUUAGAAAAGACGCGAAAACAACAAGCAUAUAACAAGCCACAACACACCAUCUUUGUUUUUAAGGUCACAGAUUAAUGCCAGUCUUCUUCACAGACAUCCAAAAAUGCAUGACUCCAGGUGUAUGACUUAAUUCGUUUCUGACCAUCAUUUUUCUUGUAUUUCCUUUAGCAAUGCUUGUUUCCUGCGAUGUGUGGCUAUCGCUUUUGACAAAGACACACCCCGAGGAUCAAAAGAACGAGACAAACCUUGUCAUCUAUGGCUCUCUUGUUGGGGCAUCUUUCAUAUUUCUCAGCAUUCGGGCAUUUAGCUUCUAUCUGGUAUCUUUACGAUGUUCUGAACGUCUUCAUGAUAAAAUGGUUGCGGCUGUUCUACAGGCACCAGUCGUAUUCUUCGAUUCAAAUCCUGUGGGAAGAAUUAUGAAUCGUUUCUCUAAAGAUAUAAGUUGCAUGGAUGAUGUACUACCCAAAACGUUUGUGAGAGCAAUCCAAAGGACCUUGCUGAUGUUCACCUCAAUACUUCUACCAACUGUCAUCAACCCUUGGCUUCUGUUUGCUCUUACGCCAAUAGCUGUGUUAGCGGGAGUUAUUUCAAGAUAUUACUUAAAGACGUCAAGGGAGCUGCAAAGGCUGGAGUCAGUUAGUCGCAGUCCAGUCUUUUCUCACUUUUCAGAGACGCUGGAUGGACUGGACACAAUUCGGACGAGAAGAAAAGAAAAAGAUUUCGUGGAUGAGUUUUGCAGGUACUUUACUCAUUUCUUUUGUCUUUGUUGUUGAAUAAUUUUGAUACGUGUAUUCUGAAUAGCUCAAGUUUGAACUGAGUAACUCCUGGAUUAAGUAGCCAGUCAACUGGGUAUUCAGGUAGGUAGUGGAGUUGUAACACGAUCGCCGUGUGGUUUCAUCGGGGUGAUUGAUGCGUUGCUGCCAUUAGGUCUCAGUCAUCUUAGCUGGGCUGUUUUGGUAUCGUUAAACUGGGACGUUCACCUGGGAUUUGGACAAGCUAGCUCUCCAGAUUAUGACGUCUUUUUACAUUCUUCUUUUAUCAUAUGACAAGACGUUUUAAUGCAAAAAAUUCUUUUUUCAAAGGAUGUUCGAAUAUGAAAGAUUUAACAGCGAAAACGAAGUUACAAAACUAAAUCGUGCAUUAUUAUUGUUCCUUUUAGGUAUCAAGAUCUUCAUACUAAGUCAUACAUUAUGGUUUUUGCCAGCCAGCGCUGGCUUGGUGUACGCUUGGAUUGUCUCUCCGCUCUUUUGACUGCUUCAACGGCUCUUGCUUCAGUUAUUGUAUCACAGGAUGCUGGUAAUUAUACUUGCAUAUGUAAUCAGCAAAUUAAUCCAUGUUUAUAUGAGCUGUUAAAUUUCUUAGAAUAUUAGAACACAUGAAUGGCAUGGCCAGCUAUUUGGAACCACUAGGGGGCGGAGCGGAAGUUGACGUAUGUCAUCAUAUUCCAAUCGGUAAUUGGUUGGCCUGCUUCUCUUUGUUAAGGAUGUCAUGUAAGAGUGUCAUUGACAGAAACAUUUGGCUGCUAAAAUGGGUACAUUGAAUCGCUUAUAUAUUAGCCACGAUUUCUCACAUUUUCCCUGAAAAUCCGCUUAUAAAGCUCUUUAGAUGCUAUUCUGCUCACCCGGUGUCAGUUUUGACAUUUAGGGGCUUUGAGAAGCUUCUUCAAGCAGCUCUAAAAUCUAGAUCAAUGGAUCACACAGUAAAACACACACAAAAAAUAAAUAGUUAUUCCCAGGUUUUUAACCUCCAAAAAAGGCUGAGAAAAGGCCUGGGAAAUACUAAAAUGACGUCAAAUUCGAUGUAAACAGAAAAGGAUUUGUUGAAAAAGACGGCCGGAAUUUAAAAAGUCCUUUACAGGAGCGUCUUUGAAAGGUAUUUAGUCAACGAUGAUUAAUUUCCGGUGAAUUUGGGUGUCUUUGAAAGCAAAAAAAACGCAAAGUAUUCAAUUCGUAAAGAGCCAGAAAUUACGAGGGUGGAAAGUACUACAUUUGGAUUUCAAUUUGCGACCGUGGACUGUAGAGUUUGAUCUAAGAGGAAAACAGGGGCCUGCAGAAAAGAUCAGUGGUUUCCAUGAACUUAAAAGAACAGUAUGGCGGAUUCUUUUACUCGUAUUUAAGAUUUUUGAGAACGAAAACUGCACAGAUUACAAUUCGCACAGCUACAAGACCCUCUCCAAUUUAAACCUUUUGUCACAACUAACAAACUUAGAGCGAGCACCGUGAAAUUCCUUUACCGGAUUUUUCUCAGGGAUCGAUUCAACAAUAAUUUCCAUACAUUUUCCUAUUAGUAAACUUAGGGCGUGUGACUGCAUGAUCAGUGAUGCGUCGCGGGGGGCGAGGUUCCGAAUAGCUGGCCAUUAGUGAGGCUUUUACUUUUUGUACAAAUCUUAAAAUUUGUUUACCGACAUAGAAAGACUAUGUUGACGAUGGAACCUUUUGUCAUUUGAGCUAAGUUAUAAAAUUAUCGUGCUGGUUUUUCAAAGCUAAUUUUUUAUUCGCCUUUUGGCUGAUGAUUGCACGGAACUAACUGGUCAAGUUUUCUUUUCACUGCUUCAAUGCUUACGAAAAAGCUACUUCUGGUAAAAUAGCUCUCGGUAGCUAAUGAAUGAUAUAUGUGGGUCUACAUUCUUUUCUUGAAAUUCAACUACUCCCUUCGGUACCCGUAGUGAAAUUUGAUAUAUGGUAAUUUAGGGUUGGUAAAAAUAGAUAAUUUCUUGAUACGACGAACUACCUUAGAUUCAGCGGUCAGUUUUCAAGAUUACUAUGAGGAAACUAACCGCACUAGGGUUGUGAUAAAGCUUCGCACCUCGCUUGGCGGGCUCGCCACGAAGUGCUUGUACCAGGAAGAAAUACGCCUGGCGUCCAGGGUAGCGAGGGACAGGUGCCGAGAAAAAUCCUCUUGCUAAAAAUGGGGCAGAUGGCACCCACCCCCAGCCUCACCUUAGCCCUCUUAGAGAUAAGUUCUCGGGAAUGCUUUUUUGGAACGCCAGGCAGACGUUCUAGGCAGAAAACAAAAUCUGGUCGAUUGUUCCGUACUAACAACUGGGCAAAAGAUUCUUACUUGUCCUGAACAUUGUAGCAUUUCCGACCAGGAGUCCGUUUCUCGAAAGUCCCGAUAGAUUUUCGGGUCCGGAAAGCUGUUUUAUCUUGGCUGCGUUUGCAUUCAAGUUCAAAGUUUCAAUAAUUCUGAAAAUGAUGCAAUGAAACUAUCAGUUAAAGAAGCAAAAUUGAUUGGUUUGUGAGCUAGGAACUGUUACUAUUUAACUGGUUUAUAUUUUAAAAUUUGCCUUUCGCAUCCCGAAAAGUUGGCGGGCCUUUCGAGAAACAGGCCCCAGGACAUAAUACCAGAGAAAUUUAUUUAUGGUGGAUGAACCAUAGCUUAAUAAACGUAUUCACCUGGUUUUCUUUUAGCUUUUACUGGUCUGGCAUUGGUUUAUGUAGUUCAAAAUGUGCUUUGGACUCAGUACGCAGUUAAGAAAUCAGUUGAAGUCGAAACUCUGAUGACAUCAGUUGAGCGAGUAAUGACGUACACCGAGCUUGAACCUGAACCUGGAUACAAAGUGGAACGAAAACCUCCGGGAAUCUGGCCACAUGAGGGCAAUAUCGCACUUGAAGACGUAUGCCUGACGUACUAUCCGGGGGGUCCUCAAAGUUUAAAGAAUAUUACACUUAAUAUCAAUGGUGGAACUAAGAUCGGGAUUGCGGGUCGGACGGGCGCAGGGAAAUCGUCCUUCGUGGCGGCUCUAAUGCGGAUGCCUGAAGCUGUUGGAGACAUAUUUAUUGACAAUGUCAAUAUAAAAGACAUCACCCUCAGAGAAUCUCGACGAGCAAUAACUGUUCUUGGACAAAAUCCAGCUCUUUUUAAUGGAACGGUGAGGCAAAAUCUUGAUCUGAUGGAGCAAUUUGAAGACGCGGAACUAUGGCGAGCUUUAGAACAGGUGCAGCUGAAAAGUCUUGUAGAGAAUUUGCAAGGUCAGUUGAAUCAUGAAUUACUGGAGCACGGUGAAAACUUUAGUGUUGGAGAAAGACAACUUAUCUGCUUGGCUCGAGUGCUGUUACAGCAAAAGAAAAUCGUCAUUUUGGAUGAGCCAACUGCACACGUGGAUCCGGACACAGAGCAAAAGAUCUGGAAUAUAGUACACGAGAAAAUGAAAAAUUCCACCGUUAUCACUGUUGCACAUCGUUUGAACACAAUAAGAGAUUGCGACAAGAUUUUAGUUUUAAAAAGUGGCGAAGUCGAAGGGUUUGAUAGCUUUGAUGUGCUUGUGAGCAGAAAAGGAGGAAUUUAA